AUGUGCAGUGUGUCAAUUUCGGUGGAAGCUCAACAGUCCACACAAGUCAUAACUAGUGACGCAUAUCAGACAACAGGAUGCUACAACCUUUUAUGUGCAGGAUUUGUGCAAACAAAUAGUAGGGUGGCCAUCGGAGCUGCCAUUUCUCCAGUGUCCUUACUCAACAACAAUCAAUAUGAUAUCACCAUCCUUAUUUGGAAGGAUCCAAAGCUUGGGAAUUGGUGGAUGGGUCUUGGAGAUAACACAUUGAUAGGAUAUUGGCCAGCAGAGUUGUUCACACACCUAGCAGACCAUGCCACCAUGGUGGAGUGGGGUGGUGAGGUGGUGAACUCAAGGGCCAAAGGUGAGCACACAUCAACCCAAAUGGGCUCUGGCCAUUUUGCCCAAGACGGGUUUGGAAAAACUAGUUACUUCCGUAACUUGGAGAUUGUGGAUUCUGAUAAUAGUCUUAGCUCAGUGCAAGACAUAUCGACCCUCACUGAAAACAUAAAUUGUUACAACAUCGAGAGCUCCUACAACAGUGAAUGGGGCACCCAUUUUUACUACGGGGGACCAGGGAACAACCCUCAGUGUCCAUGAUGAUUCUUUACCAGCCAAAUUCUUCUUUUUUAUUCAAAAUUGUAUGUAUUAUGUUGUGUCCACUCUUGUUUUGGCUAGUUCCCCAUUUGUUUUUAUAUCCAUGAUGUGAGAAAGCGAUGUAUGUGUAAAUAAGACUAAAGCAUCAAACA